AUUCAUCAGAGAAUCCACACAGGAGAGAAACCUUUUACCUGUACUCAAUGUGGGAAGAGUUUUACUACAUCUGGCCAUCUGACUCUACACCAGAGAACACACACAGGAGAGAAAUCUUAUAUCUGUGGUCAAUGUGGGAAGAGUUUUACUGAGUCUAGCAGUCUGACUCAACACCAGAGAAUCCACACAGGAGAGAAACCUUAUAGCUGUGCUCAAUGUGGGAAGAGUUUUGGUCAAUCUGGCGAUCUGACAGUGCACCAGAGAAUACACACAGGAGAGAAACCUUAUAGCUGUGAUCAAUGUGGGAACAGUUUUACUCAGCUAAGCAACCUGAUAUCCCACCAGAGAAUACACACUGGAGAUAAACCUUAUAGCUGUGAUCAAUGUGGGAAGAGUUUUACUCAGCCAAGCAACCUGACACGACACCAGAGAACACACACUGGAGAGAAACCAUAUAGCUGUGAUCAAUGUGGGAAGUUUUUUUUUACAUCUAGCCAUCUGAAGAUACACCAGAGAACACACACAGGAGAGAAACCUCAUGGCUGUGAUCAAUGUGGGAAGAGUUUUGUUACAUCUGGCCAGCUGACUUUACACCAGAGAACACACACAGGAGAGAAACCUUAUAGCUGUGAUCAAUGUGGGAACAGUUUUUCUCAGCUAAGCAACCUGAUAUCACACCAGAGAACACACACAGGAGAGAAACCUUAUAGCUGUGUUCAAUGUGGGAAGAGAUACUCUGAU